UCAAAAACUUAGAAUAUAAUUUUCGUUUGUCUACAACAUAAUCGUGUAUCAUUUUAUUACGUGCAUUUCUAAGAUCAUUUUCAUCAAUCUUUCUCGUUUAAAUCAUAUACCCUUUCUCUUUUUUUCUCUUUAAUUUUACGCACACUUGGAAACAAUAUUUUUACGCGAAAAUCUAAAAAGCAAGCGCGUGUGUGAAAAUUAGUCGACUCGCAGUAAGUGACUUUCCGAGUAAAAAAAAAAAAAAACCCCCUUUUCGAAGAAUUCUCGAGGCCAGAACACUCGUGUGAAUCUAUUCUUUUGUCAUAUACACCUUUGUGAUACCUUUUCCCCCUUUUUCUCGGCCUUUUUUUCUCUCCCACGUUUUCUCUCUCUCUCACACACUCCUAACCUUUUUCUAUUCACGAGUUUCUGAUUGGCCAUCGUAACAUUUGCGCUAACUGCAAUGUGUACAACGACUUUUGGGUUAACUCAAGCUACGAGCUUUCAACCCGUCAAAAUGAAAUUCCCUUUAAGUCUUCCCUUAACUUUCCCUAUCUACUAUUGUUAUCUCUUUUGCAUUCUGUAUCAUUUCGUUUCUCUCUCUUUCUUUUUUACCCUUUGUCUUUCUGUUAUUCUAUAAUAGCAUCAAUAUUUGAUACCUUUAAAAUAACAAGUUUGAAAAGUUUGUAUAGAGAUCGAUGAACUCGUGACACUUCUAUAUGCAUCUCUUUCUCUAUCUCUCUGUCUCUCUCUCUCUCUCUCUUUCUCUAUCCAAUUAUCUCGAAUAGAAAAAGCUAAGAAGAAGAUAAACUUACUCGGACAUCAACUGAAUUUUUUAAACUAACGGGAUACUACAUCUCACAAAAGUUACAUCUUCAAAAAAAUAAACUGGACAGUUACCGGAACCUUUUUUUUUUUUUUGACGAGUACUUUAACAUCAUCCUCAUUUCCUAAGGGAAAAGAAGAAGAAGAAGAAGAGGAGAAUAAAUUUUUUGAAUUUUUUUUUCAACGUGAAUCGUCAAUGGUCUGUGCUAAAAGAACAUAAAGUAAAAAAAAAGAUAAUAAUAUUUUUCUUCCCGUUUUUCUUCUACGAUUUUUAUUUUCUAUUGUCUCGCACAAACGAAGGAGAGUAGGCGAAUAAUAAGACCAACCCGUGAACACUUUGUGGAGUUCCUUCUUCUGUUAAACCUCCUCCAACCCUCUCCUCCCUUGUCCCUCACCUUCUUUAUCUAUAUUUUCGAUUUAAAAGUCUACUUUUCAUGUUGACAAGCACAGUAUCAGACUGGUUUGAUUUAUGAGCAGUGUAAUCGAUGAGAACACAAAACUAUCCUGUUGCGCUUUACGUGCGAUAAGAAAGAAAGAAAGAAAAAAAAGAAGAAGAAGAUAAAAGGUGGUAGUGUGAGUGAAUCUUUAGAAGGAAAAAAUAAAAAAAAAUAAAAGGCAGCAGCAAUAGCAGCAGCUACGGGAAUAAAACGCAUCAAUCAAGCAAGGAAAGUUUAAACAAGAAACGUGAGAUGAAUCAAACUGUUGUCUCCUCCCACGCUUCGAGCAUAUUUUCUUCUCGGCCUUUGGUAUCAAAACAAUUUGAUUGUGGAAAUAACACGCCUAGGAGUAUGAGAUAGUUUGUACUAUCGCGAAAUUAUUUUUAUCUUCGAAUAUUUGACACAUUUAUCAGCAGAGUUCUGAGUUAGAUCGGAAUAAUUAGAAGAGAAAUGAUCAUCUAGAAAAUAAUAAUCAAAACUUGAUAAUUUUUUGGUAUAUAUAAUAAUAAAAUAAAAAGUAUAAUCGUCAAGUAUAUCGUUUUACUGUGUUGGUGUAUUAUUUUAAUCAAGUCUUACAACAAACAGCUGUGUUGGUUUAGGGUGGUGGCUUCCCUCGGCCCUUGCCUCAAAGAGGCACGACCAGAAAGAUUAAGAAAGGAAGAAUAAGGAAGGUAGAUAAGAAAAGGGAAAAAUUAAGAGGUUUUGUCUCUCGGUCGGGUCCAGCUAGUUAACAGACACACAUACAAACAAACAAACACAUAUACGGUGAAGGUGUGAAGGUGGUAUGGCUAGGAGGAAUCCCCUAGAAAGGAGGAACGAGGUCGUUAGCUGCUACGCGAGAGAGACCAGGAAGGGUCGAGGGAAGUUGGCCGGGCAAAAACAACCUUUACACACCACACCACAUCACACCACACCGACGACGACGACGACGACAACGUAUCCCUCUCGGCGCAAGGCUUAUAAUCCUUCUUCUCAUUUCAUCGUCAAAUUCAAUUUUUAAUCUUCGUUUCUACUAUUAUCAUUCGAUACACCUUGACAUAUCGUCGUAUCUACCCAACUGGGAUAUGGAUAGUCGAUAAAAAACAAAAGAACAAGAAAGGAUAUCCGAUAUUCAGAUACUCCCACCCUCCACCACCUACAAUUCCAUCCACAAUCGUUUGGCUUGACGAAGGGCAGACUUUUUAACAAUUAAUAAUUGCGGUUGAUACAAUAAAGGCCGAAUAUAAUCAUCUACAGUUUUACGUUUUGUUAAUUGAAUGUUAAGAUUGUUGUAACAAUUUAUAGGGGAAAGAAAAGGAAAAAGAAAAGAAAGAAACACGAACGAACUCAACACAUUGACAACGGUACUAACGAAGCUCCCUUUAAAAGAUUCUCUCUUUUGCGAAGAAAUAAAGUUGUUCUCUCAUCUCUUAUUGACUUUUUUCUUAGCCUAUUGGGUUUGUUCGAAGUUGAUUUUUUUGAGCGCACAGAGAUCAAAAAGAAAGAUUAAAAUAAAAGAGAGAAUAAAAAGAAAAUGAUCAAGCACGGAUCGAACGUUACACGCUAGAAUUGAGUUUGAACUCGUGCCAAAUGGUCCGACGAUUCUUCCCUCACGAGGUUAUCAUCGAUUAAAUUCGUUGGGGGGGUAAACAACCAAAAAAAAAAAAAAGAGAGAGAGAAAAAAAAGAAAAAGGGAGUAACACAAAAGGUUAUCUCGGCAAAAAUCGAUUCCGAUCAUCAUGGGGAUGGAAAUUCGUAGCUGGUCACUGCCGCUAAUAAAAAAAUUCUGCGGCCGAGGAGAAUACGAGGAUUUGGAAAACGUGGUGUGCACGAUCGAACGUGCGAUUAGCACGAUCAGAUAAUAUCGUUUUGAUGGUAGUUAGUUCAAACGUAAUCAAAGAAAAAUUGAGAGAAACGACGGCCAUUAUUAUCAUUCGUCGUUAGAAAAAAAAAGAAGAAGAAGAAAAAAAAGAGCAACCUCUUGCCUAUUUUAAUUUUUGUUUCUUUUUUACCAAGGGGUUAAAAACAUGGGGUUAAAAACGUAUCGGAUUAUAAAAAAAUGGUCUUGAUUAUCGAGGAACUUAAUCCCGAGCAUAAUCGUGGGAUACCGUAAUUGUUCCCGGUAUAACUGUGACCAUUUAGAAAAUUAAGUUGGAUCUGUAAGAGUAGGAAAUUGAGAGGAGACGAGAUGAAAAUAAUAGGAUCUAAAGGGGGGCAAAUUGGUAUAGUACGUUGAUGAGAAAGGAGUGAAAGCGUAAUGCACCAAGUUUAGUCGAAGAGAUGACGGUUAUGCCGUCGACUUGUGAUGUCGCUGACAAAGCAGUUUCGACAAACGAUGGUAGUAACGGCGGCGUGGAGGUGGCACGUCUCGAAGCCGUCCUCGCAGCAUUGGUGGAAACAAAGGUGGAGGCGAUGAAGGCAUCAUCGACGAUUGCUAAACGUUCAGGCAACAGUGCACCAACCAGUCCACGUCGUCCAAGAUUGACCUCGACUUCCACGGCCUCCUCGUCGUUAAAUCAUCCCCAUAGAAGGAAGAGUCAUCAUCAUCAUCACCAUCAUCAUCAUCACCACCAUCAACAUCAUCAACGUCGUAGACGACACGAUUCUGCUCCCUGCGAUUACAUCGAGGAUUCGAUGGAUCAUCAUCAUCAACAACACAAAUCGCAUCACGGUAAAGGAAGAAGAAGAGCUUCGGAAAGUCCACGAAGAAGUCCACGAAAAAAACGUAGACAUUCUUCGAAGAGUCCUCGUGUACUACAAAGCAACCUGACGGAUAUUCAAGCUGGUCUCGAAGCUCGUCUCGAACUACUCGACAUCAACGGGGAACAAGAUUUGGCAUUGAUAAACUUUGAAAGGACAAGAGAGGCUCUCAGCGACUCCUGCGAGUAUCCGCGACUGCACCGAAGUGCCUGCAACUUUUCCCAAAGCACAGCUCAAUUGAAGAUUCAUUACGACGAGGAUGAGGAUUAUUUGGCGUUGAACAUAGCCGAUGAAUUAGAGGACGAGGAGGAGGACGAGGAGGAGGACGAAAUAUUUAGCGGUCCUGAACAAAUUCAGGAACCACGUGAGACUUAUCAUAGGCCGAGAAAAAAACGAAAACGAAAGAGACGAAGAAGAAUCGAAUCAAUUGAACCGGAAGAGGAAAUUGUUGGUCCUGAGGAAUUACCGCCUCGUGCCAGGUGGACUAUUGUUGCCACUGCUUGCCUACUUUUGGCUAUGUCCUUGCUUCUGGUUGGAGUCACCCUAAGAAUGGCACCUAUCAUUGAUGACAUGGUUCGCAAAGAGAACGAAGAGCUGCUGAACUCUCUGAACAGGGACACCUUCGUGCCAGUUAAUGCAACGGUGCCUCCCUAAGGGCAACGAUUACCAAGAUGAAGGAUGUAUCCUAUUUAACUUUUGGAAGGUUUUGCAACAAACCAAUAUGCCACAUUUACUUAGUGGAUAUUUGAUCGAAGAAGAAGAAGAUACGUUCAAGGAUACGUAUGAUGGGAAGGUGUAAUAUAAUUUUCAACGGCCGUAGGACUUCCUUCCUUCGUAAAGAGAAUUCGACCAAUUCAAAUGUUAUCCUCAAGUUUAUUUCUUUUUUUUUUUUUUUUUUUUUAACUAUAAAUAAAUUGAAUAACAAAUAAAUUAACCCCUUAAGUUGCAAGCUCGAGUUAAUUCGAGCGGUGUUGUAUCACGUUGAGCCAAAAUUGGUUCUUUUUGGCCAGAUUUUUUUUUUUUUUUAAUUGUUCCUUAAGGGGUUAAACUAUAAGAUUUAACUCUUUGCACUCGAGGACUCCGCUAAAGAGACAAUAAAAAAAAAAAAAAUAAAAACUGAAACAAAUUCAAUUCAGUCUACACAACAUAUCAACUAUGACCUUUUCUUUUAACUGCACACAUGUCAUUUAUUUAUAAUACGUGAAUAUGAUUUUUCUUUUUUUUUUUUUUCUAUUAAAAUUGCUUUGUAAAUUGUUGGUAAUAUGUGAAAUGAAAAAUAUAUGUACCUUCGAGUGCAAAGGGUUAAAUUAACAAAAGAUCAAUGAUAAUAAAUAAGAUUAGUUAACACUAGAAAUACCGACAGUUGAAAAUUGAAAUUUCUAUCAAAACCAAUCAAAAUGACUGGUCUUUAAAUAAGAUUUAAAAGUAGAUUAUUUUUUAUAUUUCUUGACUUAUUAUUAUUUUACAAAAGAAACUUCAUAUUUUGAGAUCUUAAAAACUAUAUACAAUAACAAUAAGUAUCAAAAUAUUCUUGAUACCAAAUCAAGUUAAAAUGACUGACGUGGUAGUUCUAGUGUUAAAUAUUUGAUUAAUUCGAUUUGAUGGAAAAAUUAGUACACUAAUUAGAUUGAACAAACUAGUCCCAAUAUUAGGGAUAUUGUUUUCGAAGUACUUGUUCAAGUUUCACCCAUUAGAUGAGGACAUAAUCGAUAGUCUUAAUAAUCACCCAAUUCAAAGGGGAGAAUGGAGGAAAACUUUUGAUUGGUCGAUUUCACCAACUCGAAGUAGGAGAAAUCUCAGCAACGGGAAAUAUAUAUUUUGUAUUGAACAAAAAGAAAAAUAUAUAUUUCAAGUUGUCGCGUUUAUUAUUUAUCGACGACGUUAAAUAUUAAUGUUGUUCCUGUUAUAACUUACGAUUGAACAGGAAUCAUUUGGCAGUAAUAAUUGAUUACUGUGCUUGUUGUGAUCUAAUAUAAAAAAAAAAAAAAUA